UAUUGCAAAAUAUAAAAAAAUAUAUUUUAAAAAUUUUUCUGAAACAAUGAAAAUUUUAGCAGUUGCUAUUUUAAUCUCGUCUUUGUUAUACAAUUUAAUAAUUCAAAGAGUUGAUUGUGUCAAAAGUGAUACUUUUGAGCCAGAACCAAAACCAGAACCAGAACCGGAACCAAAACCAGAAUCAGAACCAAAAACCACUGAAUCGGAUGCGCUUGACGUAUAUGCUUAUAAAGUAUAUAUAAGAAAACAUAUUCUACUGGUCCCUCCUAAUGAUAUUUUUCACAUCGAAGACCGGAAUACCGAUGAACCCGCUGAAUACUAUCAAACGAUGAGUGCAAAUAAUUCGCUCGAUAUAUAUCGAGCCGACAUAAAAGUAGGUGAAACUUGGGUUUAUGAAACGGAGGGUGAUGGAAAAAUGACAACCGUAUGCGAUAGUUCAUACCCCGAGAACUCUGUUGAAGCCAACAUUUGGAAAAUUAUGAAUUUAGCUCUCAUGAAUGGCCAAAGAUGUCCAAUACUUAAAGGAUAUAAAUUUGUUGUUCCCUAUCGAUUACCGCCAAUGUUUCUUACGUUCGAUAAACCAAUACCAUGUGGUGAUUACGUAUUGCAUAUGGAUUUUCACACGUCUGACGGUGAGUGGAUAAUCGGGGUUUACUUCGAUUGGAAAAUAGAAAAAGGUUUAACUGAAUGUUCAGAUGAAGUCAACCAACUUCAGAAAUAAUUAAUUGAUGUCAUAUUUGUGCAUUGUAAUGAUAUUUAAAUUUCGUUCAACUUUCAAUCUAUGAAAUA